AUGAUUAUGAAAUUGUCAAUAACAGCUGUCUUAUAAGAAAUUGUGUUAAUUAGAAAAAUAUUUUUUUUCUUAAAAUUGUUUCAAAGUACAUAAUUUCAUUAGUGAAGCAGCAUUAACGAUGGGAGACAGUAAUGAUGGCGAAAAACAACCAUUACUUCAACUUGAUCAACCUGAAUCCCAAUACGGAGAUACGAACGAAACUCAUACUACUGUUUCCCCAAUUGGUCCUGAUGAAUUACCUCCACCCUUUUACCAAAACACCACUUCAACAGGAAUAAAUGUUCCCAUGGUGACUUGUCGGGUAUGCCAAGCAAUGAUUGAUAUUUCUGGCAAGCAAGAUCAGCAUGUUGUGAAAUGUAGUCAGUGUAAUGAAGCCACUCCUAUAAGGAAUGCACCACCAGGAAAAAAGUAUGUGAGGUGUCCUUGCAAUUGUCUUCUAAUAUGCAAGAGCUCCUCGCAACGAAUAGCAUGUCCAAGACCAAACUGCAAACGGAUAAUAAAUUUAGCUCCAAGUCCUGUUACACCUCCAGUUCCUUCGAUGCCUGGAAUGUGUAGAGUUACCUGUGGACAUUGCAGAGAUACCUUUUUGUUUAAUACACUGAACAAUGCUUUAGCUCGUUGUCCACAUUGUCGUAAAGUUUCUUCUGUUGGUCCUGAAUUUGCAAAGUUUAAAAAGAAGAUAUUUUUCAUCAUGGGUAUGAUAUUACUAGCCAUAACAAUUGGUAUAACUGCGGGAACUUACACAGUGGUUAAAAUACAUGGUGCAAUUAUUGUGGCUUACAUAGGAGGUUUUAUUCUUUCCAUUUUUUGCUUGGCUAGGAGCAUUUACUAUUGUUUUAUGAAAGUUAGUACCAUUGAUGGGCCCAUGUAAUUUAAUUUAUUUUGUGAUAUAAUGGUGGUGACCUCAUACUUUUCUUUUUGUAAAGAUAUUGUUAUCUAUGCAAGCUUUAGACUAAGUAUAAAGUUUAAAAUAUGGCCAUAGUAAUAAAAAUUGGUGUAAUUUAUCUUCCCUACAUAUUUUCUUAAAGUGAGUUAAGUUUAUAUGUUUAGUAAAUCAUUACACUGCACACUCUCGAGAAGGAUCUGAAGGACUUAUAAUGAGUAGUGGGUAAAAAUUAAAUUUCAAUUCUUGAUUUAAAGAUUGAUGCCAAAGGUUUGAUAAUUUGUUAAAAUUCUGU